CCUCAAAGGACAAAAGGAACAAAUGAAGCUAUCCUUAAUGAUAACAUUAUAUUGUCAACAAAGCAGACUGGGGCCAUGGCGAUAAAAGGUUUGACCAUCAAAGAGUAAUGUGGUUGAUCGGUCAGCAAUCCAAACAUCAUGAGUUGAUUUUAGGGUCGAGUUUUGUUAGACACUUGAAUAGUAAUUUACAAGGUAAAUCAUACUUACCGAAACCAGUUUUCAUACUUGUUUAGGUCACACCUUACAAAGUCCAGUUUACAAGGUAACAUUUCUGAUUUGUUUAGUUUAACCCUUCAGUAACCCAAAGUAAGGUCAACCUUUGUCCACUUGUCUUUGUUGUUUAUUUCUAUUCAGAUAUACCUUGUGCUUUAUUCUUUGGUUCUUUAUACCUUUAUACUUUGAAAAUGUAUAAUAAAAAUGAUUGCGAUAAAACUACAAUAAAAGUGCAAGUAUCGGAUGCUUACCGAAUUAUUAUUAUCGACUGGUCGAAGAAUAUAAAGAAAGAAAUAUUCAGACAGCUGGCAGAAUUCACUGGAAUAUCAAUAGAAAAAACACAGUCUAUUUCAUUUUCGAAGCCACCUGUUGGAAACGAUGUUAAUCCUCCAAAUCCUUUUCUUCGUCCUACUGGUGACUUAGCAAUUUGCCAUUUUGAAAAAUCGUUCUCCAGACCUGCAGCCAUACCUCAAGGUUACUAUCUGUAUACAAAGGAAGAUUACAGAGAUAAAUUCUUUAGAGAUGGCGAUUGCUUUGCUCUCAAUACAAGAAUGUUUAUGACAUUCACUCUGGAUAAAUUCAACGUUCAAUAUAAUUUAGUGCAUCGAGAUUUGAUUGAUGAAACUGAUUGCAACCAGUUGUUUUGUCAUCAUAUAAGUAAAAAAGCUUUUUUGGAUAAACAAGCUAAAAUAAGUAAUUCAGAUAUUGAAUCUUAUCUAAGAAAUCAGCCUCGUCCAGUUCCUAUUGUUGAAGAUACCCUUGACGAAGAAUUCCAUGCUGCUAGGGUUAUUAGACAGAGGGAAAUCCAUGCGGAUUUGAAUAUUGGACAAUAUUUUCAUUCCUAUUGCAGGUUCUUUUCUGAUGGAAUGUUUCCUGUACCAAGCCCUCGUAUCUACUGGCCGAAUCGGGGUUAACUCAGAUCAUAACAGAUUUUUAUUGUUUUAAUAAACUUUGAUUUAACAUUUUGCAUCAAUGAGACUAAAAAUCUAUGUA